AUGUUCAUUCCCUCGUUUUUGACAUUGGCCUUGGCUGCCACUGCGGUAGCGCAGGGUGGUCGUGGCGGCGGCGGCGGUGGUGGUGGCCGAGGCGGAGGAGGAGGAGGUUUUGGUGGUGGUGGCUUUAGAGGAGGCGGAGGUGGUCGCGGUGGCGGCGGUAACGGUGGAGGCGGUCGCGGCGGUGGUGGUGGAGGCUUCGGCGGCGGCGGCGGAGGUUUUGGUGGCGGCGGCGACUUUGGAGGAGGAGGAGGUGGUGGCGUUCCCCAGCCUCAACCCACUCCCGAGCCCGUUGAUCCAUGUUACGCCAACCCUUACUACCCGUGGGUCGUUGCCAUGGAGGACAACGAACAGGGUCUGGAAUACUGCUACGACUUGUACCCCAAGGAAACCAAGACGUGGUGGACAACAAAGACCCAGCAAGGGGAGUUUGCGACCAAGACAUACACCGUUGACACGACUACUGUCACCAAGACCAAGACCAGUCUCACUACCACUACCAGUACCACCACCACUACCAGCACCAGUACUAGUACCAGUACCUCAACGACCGUCACUGUUGCAAAGCCAAAGCCAAUGGGAACAAAGAACAAGCGCGCUGCUUCUUUCGCAGCCUUCAUGGCGCAAGGAAAGGGCGUGGUCAGCAAGGUCUGCGAAUGCAUCGUCAAGCCAGAUGAGCAAGACCCUUACACCUGGACACGAACCAAGACUGUUGAUGGUAAUGGCCGAACAAGAACCGUUGAUGUCACUGCAACAAAGACCACGACCAUAACCACGACCAAGACCAAAUCUACGACUUCGACGUCAAGUACGACUACGACUACGACUACGACUACAACUACAACUUCCACCACCAACGGUCCUAUCGUCCAACCGACGGGAAAGCCAGGCAGCUCGCCCUGCCGAGCUGGAGCUCAGAACCUAUCAGGUUGCAACAGGACUUGUACCUGCAACCGUGAUGUUGAUUUGACAAACAACUACUGCGCCCUUGCGCAGCCUGGUGACGGACUCAAACAGUGCACCAAUGAUGACCAGUGUCUGGAUAACCAGGUUUGCAUCGACUUCCUGAGCAACAACCAGUUCAAGUGCUAUUCGUUCACCGGCUGCUCCAGCACCUUUAACGGAGGAUUGAAGCGAAACGAGGACUAA